CGAAUCGUUGCAAAGCCAACAACCUUGGCUAAAAUUCAAAACUUGGCUUUUGUCAAACGCAAACUAAACCUCAGCCGGGCAAGUCGAGCCAAGUCAAGUCUUUCAUGAAAUCGGAAAAAAGAAAGCAAAGUGUGAGAAAUCAUUUCAGGAAGAAAGCGGAGUUGAGUUCGAACGAAGGAUAAGAAAAUAACAGAUUCGAGUUAAUAUUGCGACAAAGUGAGUAUUUGCCAGGAUAAAAGCGAGGAGCAGCGGAAACUUAUGUGCACAACACAUUAGGAACGCAACGUGGCUGACUUUUCCGCUUAUGAAUUGCUGACGCGCUUAAAUGUGACAUUUUGAGAAUUGCCAACUUGAAAUUGUGAAUUGCUUUGGCGCGUGUUAGUAAAGCGACGCAGGAGCAGCAACAAUCAGGACAAACACGCGUCCAACUAGACUAGACUCGACUACAAAUGUCGGAUUGCCUGGGAUAAUUUAAAGUCAAGUGUUGUUGCAUUUUAACAAUUCCCUCUUUACCACCUCCUGAUUCUUGUUUACCGAAUGCACCAAUACUCUACACUCAAGCAAAAAUGUUAGUCAGAAUAACGCAACAAUUUGCCAUUCUAAUUAUAACAAUUUCGGUGUACGUGGCGGGCAUACGAAAUGGAGGCACCACAAAUGAAAUGUCACCGAACUCCUAUUACGAAAGCUCUUUCAAUAUGCCAAACAAUUUCAUUACAUCGCAGCCCCUUACGGAAAGUUCACAUUCCAUGAAUGCUGCACGUCAAACAAAUGAAUUUCGUCCAUCGCAAAUAAUAGAAUUUACAACUUCGGACGCUAUGGCGCCACACACCUACCCACCCAGCUAUAUUGGCUUAAAUUAUGCUGCAUCAACAGCAAAUAUACAAACUGCUUAUGAUAUGAACAAACAAUUCACAUUUCCUAGUGAGCAGCAACAGCAACACAGACAGGAAACAUUAGCUCCAGCAGCAACAGCAAUAACCGCAAAUACUUACAACAAAUAUCAAACGGACGCUCAAUCCUCAGUGCCAGCAACAUUACAAUCGAUGCCAAUUUUAAGCUAUCGAGACCCUUAUACCAAUGAGAAUUAUCAAUACACACCAACAACACCUCGAGAAGACGAUUAUUAUCAAUAUCAACAGCAGCCUCAAGAAUAUACUGUACACUCAACGUUGUUAGUCGGUAGCAACAAACAGAACUACGAGCAAUCAAAUCGUGGACCUUAUCAACGUCCUGGUCUUGUGUUCGAUGAACAAUUAAGUCCAUCUUAUGACCGUCCAAUUUAUGCACAACAAACGACGCAGCCAUAUCGACAACAUCCAAAUCAGCUACCCAUGUACACAGGUAGACCUACUCCAUUGACACAACGCCCAACGCAUCAAUAUCAUAAAAAACCCGAGCAGCAGAAAUUGUCUUACGAUUCGCAUGAUUACCCACCGCCAAGUUAUUAUCAAUACCCACAAAAGCAACAACAGCAACAGAAGCAACAAAAGCAACAACAACAACGACCAAUACAUUUCCAAUCUCCGCAACGACAAGAUAAUGCAAAUUAUGUGCCAACGUAUGCAACAUCCCCGCCAUCAUCAACGUCGUCAUCUAAUUAUGCAAACAACUUUGGUAAUUAUUUGCAGGGCGAAAACUUUGCAGGAAAUUAUGUGCAUCCUACCCCGCCAACGUAUGCAGGAACAUCAGCAUUUGGCGCUGUAAGACCACCAAAUUCAUUUAACACACAAACGUCACCUAGCAACUAUUAUGGCUAUCAAAUAGGAGAAAUACCCCCACAACAACAGCCGGGUCAUAAUUAUCCUAACUAUAGACCAACAGCUCCACAACCUCACUACCAACCCUACCCUCAACAGCCACCGCAACAAACAAAUGGAUUGGCUUCGUUAGCCUCGCUACUUACAACAACACAACAAUACGCACCGCAAUUCACGAAUUUGUUGCUUGGCGGCGGCGGAGGCUCAACAUCAGCAGGAAAUCCACUGGGUUCACUCAUAGGCGCCUUUACUGGUGCACCCGCAAAUAGUUUUGCUGGAGGUGGCGGCAGUGGCUUAGCCACACGACCGCUUAACACGCAACUGAUUAGAGCUCUUGAGAAUAUUGCACGCAAUGAUGAUUUGCAGUGUGUGCCGAAGGUAUUGUGCCAAAUGAUUGCCGGCCAAACGCAACGUGGACAAUUGCCCAGUUUUGUUACAUCUCCAGCAAUCACAAAUUUCCUUGCCGGAUUUCCUGCCUUCUCUCCAGCGCUUAUCUAUGGACGUGCGGCAUUACUUGGCAUAAGUGGCGGCGAUAAGAGCUGUACGCGCACUUACGAGAAAUGCCCAAAAAACGAGUAUGAAAUUCUUCAUUAUCUCAACAAUCAUCGUGGUGGCUUUUUCAAGUUCUUUAGCGAGCCGGAAGAACAACCUACAGUCACGGACACACAAACUAGUGGUGGCAGUACAGGCGGAGGAGGUUCUCUAUUUAGCAUUUUAUCAGCGUUAGCCGGCAAUCCUAUUCCAACAACAACCACGACAACACCACGGCCAAGACCAAAACCCACAAUGCCUACUUUGGAUAUUACAAGCGGCAUAGGAAACUUCUUCACACAAGUUUUGUCUGAUUAUUUGGGUGGUGUGGAGUAUCAACGACGUCGUCGGCGUAGAUCUACUGAUUUUGACUUACCAGUAGACAGUUCACAGGAAGAAUCUUCAGAUACCGACUUUGAGGAUUUUCAUGAUGAUGAAGAUGAAGAGGAUACACAAAGCGGUCCCGAAAGCGAGACAGAAAUUGAAACACAGUUUGAUGAUGCCGAAGGAAGAAUUUUACAUAAAGAGAUUUUAGGUUUGGACCAACCGAAAUUCUUUCCGGAAGUUGAUAGUCAUACAGAAAAUAAUGAUAUAAAAAAUAUUAUAGAAAAAUAUAAUAAUGAAAAAGCGGAAAGAAAAUUAAAAUUUCCAAGUGCCACAACCGAAAGACAAUAUGAGAAUGUGCGAAAAGAAAAAAAAUUGGGUGUAGAAACUGACGAGAAAAAUGAAAAUGAUUAUGAUUCUAAGAAAAUUGUAUUUGACGACAGUGAUAAGGAUCAAAUAACCGAGAAUACACAUAUUACUAAAAACUAUGGACAUACUCGUAAUGAGCGCAUAAUUUUCCCUGAUCAGCACAAGAGAGAAAUACGUAUAGGUCGCAUUAUAAAUCGUCCAUCUUAUGCUGGUAAUUAUAAUAAUUAUGUACGCAGUCAGGAUGAUAAUGACAAAUUCGUCAUAUCUAAUUCACAUCGUCAGCCCUAUUAUCAAACAAGCACUUCACACUUGACAAAAGAGUCGUAUGCAUCUAGCCACUCCAGCAGCAGUAGUUCCUCAUAUAAUACAAAUUCCCUUUACCACCGCUAUCCUAAUCAUAAUUAUGAAAAUAGUAAUUAUAGUUAUCUUAAUGAUAAUUAUGUGACGAAUAAUCGUUAUGGUAGUAACUAUCAGGGAAUCAGAACUACACGUAGCCCUUACACAGCUACAACGACUAGCAAACGUGAGGAUAAUAAAAAUAUAUAUAUCACAAAUGGACAGGGUGUGACGGAAUACUUUAUAACGCCUGAUGGUCGUAAAGUUUAUCUCUAGGCCUUUUUGUAUAUAAGUCAAUGUGUGUAAUAUAUAAAAUGUAAACUAUUAGAUAGGUAAAUUAUUAAACUAAGGUGUUGUAGACUAAACUCCAACUGUACAUAAAACCCAACUUGCAAAAUGAUUAU